AUGGCUGUCAGACAUUGCUAUCGAAUGGCGGAAACUGAGUUGGUGUUCGAAUGCGGUUCACGUGUCCCGUUGACCGGAUUACCGCCACCAUUCGUCGCCUUCUUCCGAAGAGUGGUUGAGAAAGCACCAGCUUUUAAAACG